AUGCAGUCCACUAUUUUGCUCCUGGGCCUGGCCUGUCGGACCCUGGGGGGCUUCCUCAACGGCGGAGCCGGAGGAGGCGUCACCGUGGUUCAGCAAGCCCCCGCACCGAGCGGCGUUGCCGUGGGCACCGCAUACCCUGCACAGCUAGCUUACCGCCCAGGCCCCGCCGCUGUGGUCCACCACGCCCCAGCCCCGGCGACAGUCGUCCACCAUGGAGACCCAGGAGUAGGCUUCAGACAGUUCGGAGGUCCUGCCCCGACGCUGGCUGUUCGUCCAGCCACGACGUUCGUGCAGCAGGCUCCGGCCGUCGCGGUGAGGCCGGCAGUUCGUCUCAGCGUGAGCCAGCCAGUCUCCUUCGGCGCUCCUGGCCCGGUGUUAACGCAGCCGGGGCUCGGCUUCAGAGGAAUCUCCCUGGGUGCCCCGGCCGGACCGGCAGCGACCACCGUAGUGCACCACGGUCCGGCCGGAUUUGCUGGUGGAUUGGGCUUCGGUGGACCCCGAGUCGUCGCCCAGGGCCCGGCCGUUGGUUUCGGACCAGUGGCUCAAUUGAGGCCCGCUGGGGUCGGCUUCCGCCCAGUGGCCCUUCCAGGUCCUGCGCCAACCUUCGUUCAGCGAGCUCCAGCGAUAUCCGUCCAGGCCGCCCCAGUACUCAGGCCGCCGGUCAGGGUCAGGGUCAGCCAGCCACAAGCGUUCAUCCAGGGCCCACCGCCCGUCACUCAGUUCAGAACAACACCACCGUUCCCCGCCUUUGGUGCUGGUCCUGGUCUCGGACAUACCCUGGUCGGGCAGACACCAACAGGGCUCCACGUAAAGCACAUUCUUCCCGCCGCAGCGCCUGGUGCCACAGUGAUUCACUCUACUCCAGCGGUAGCGCAGCUUCGGCCAGUGCCCACCCUUGUGCAGAGGCCCCAAGUGGUGACGCAGUUCAGACAAGCUCCGGCACUUCUUCAACCCGGACCAGCCCUAGUCCAAUCUGCACCUACCUUCGCCCAGGUACGACCAGCUGUGGGCUUCCGGCAAGUGGCCUUCCCAGGUCCAGUCGCAGGACCUGCUGUGUCCUUCAGGACGACAUCAUUGAGCGACCCGCUUUCCACCUACGGCGCGGGACUCGGACUCGGACACACUUUGGUCGGACAAACUCCAACCGGCCUUCAUGUUAAGCACAUCCUGCCGGCAGCCGGACCCGCGGUACCCCAGUUCAGACCAGCUCCCGCCUUCGUCCAGGGUACGCCAGCAGUGACACAGUUCAGGCCAGCGACCACAUUAGUGCAGCAAGCGCCAGCCCUCGUCCAAACAGCUCCGUCCUUUGCUCAAGUUCGUCCAGCUGUCGGUUUCCGCCAAGUGGCAAUUCCUGGUCCAGCAUUCGCCGCUCCGGCUCCAACUGUCGUCCAUCACACCCCAGCUGUUUCGUAUAGGACAGCCGCAAUUGGCGCUCCAGUAUCAACGUAUGCCGCUGGCCUCGGACUUGGACACACUCUUGUGGGCCAGACACCAACUGGCCUUCACGUCAAGCAUAUUCUCCCUGCGGCCGGUCCUACCGCCACCGUGGUCCACUCCAGCCCAGGUGCGGCCCAGCUCCGACCGGCUCCUGCCUUCGUCCAACGUUUGCCAGCAGUGACGCAGUUCAGGCCAGCGACCACGUUCUUACAGCCCGCGCCAGCCCUCGUACAGUCCGCACCGGCCCUCACACAAGUUCGCACAGCCUUUGGUUUCCGUCAAGUUGGCUUCCCAGCACCACUUGCAGCACCUGCACUCGUUCAUCCCGCACCAGCCGUGUCCUACAGGGCAUCGGGUCUCGUUGACCCGCUAUCUACCUAUGGCGCCGGCCUUGGACUGGGGCACACCCUUGUUGGCCAAACACCAACAGGUCUUCACGUCAAGCACAUUCUUCCUGCGGGCGGCCCUGCUGCCACCGUGGUCCACUCCGCCCCGGCAGUGACCCAGUUCAGACCAGGACCAGCAUUCGUUCAGGCGGCUCCAGCAGUGACCCAGUUUAGACCAGCCCCCGCCUUUGUCCAAGCGGCACCAGCCUUGACCCAGUUAAGACCAGCUACCACGUUUGUCCAGUCUGCACCAGCCUUCGCUCAACACAAGUUCGCCCAGCAGUUGGUUUUCGUCAAGUUGGCUUCCCAGCCCCACUAG